AUGACAUGUUUCGAGGAUAUCUGGAGAUCAACGGGGAAAUUCCCUUCUCAGAAGGUUGACACCUAUAUAAAGCCUCAUGGAGCCUUGGUCGACAGCGUACGGUGCGAACAUGCAGCAGAUGCAGCAGAGUGGUUUCGAGCAACUCCGACCACAAGGCUGGGGAUCUGCAACGGUGGCGAUGAAUUCCCAGACACUAGACGAGCCGGUUUCCGACAUCAAUUCUGCGCUGCCAUGGCCUCGACGGACGCCCAAGGUAACUCUAUUUCUUGGGAUCCUCGCAACCACCUAAUAUCGUAUGAUAGGCAUGCGCCAGUUGCAGGCGAGACAAAAUCAGAUGCGACGGCACAAGGCCAUGCAGCAACUGCACCAAGAAAGGUUAUCCCCCCGAACAAUGCGUCGAUGGUUGCGAAAAUUGCCGACGCGCUCGGGUACGCUGCGAAGAAGGCAAACCCUGCUACAGAUGCAGACAGCUUCAGCUCGACUGUGUUGAAGAUCUGCAGCAAAUAG